GUCGUCAGUUAUAUCUAACGGGUCCCACUAGCAUUAGCUCUGGAGGGGAAGAAGAGAAGAGAAGAAAAUAAAAAAAAGGGAACUGAGAUAACGAAGACGGGCCUGGUGAAAACUGAAAAGGCAACACUCCCAAAUCUCGCCGUUCUUCGCCGCGCAGAAAUGAACCUGGCGUCUUCUACAUCCUUCUGUCCUGCUAGUGGAGGCAGAGCCUUUUUCAAGAUUAAGCCUUCUAUCUUAAACCUUAAUGCAACCAGAAAAGUGUCCUUUCGGAAAAAUUUUCCUUGUUCCGCAACUUUAGCUGCCGAUAUGACUCGGGUAUCUGAGUUUGAGAUAGAGAACAAAAAGCAUUAUCUAUUAACAGCUGUCCAAGACACACAACGAGGGCUUGUUGCCAGUGCUGAUCAACGCUCUAUCAUUGAAGAGGCUCUGGUGGAAUUGGAGGGGUACAACACAGGAGCGCCAAUUGACCUGGUGAAGUUAGAUGGGACAUGGCGCCUGCAAUAUACUUCUGCACCCGAUGUCCUUGUUCUUCUGGAAUUAUCUGCUAGACUUCCUUUCUUGCAGAAGAGGAUUAGUGGUUUUUGUUCUUUAUGCUUGAAGUGGCCUCUUUUGAUUCAACUUUCAUGUCUCAACUUAAUCCUCACCCACAACUUAAAUGUUGGGCAGAUCUUCCAAAAGUUUGAAUGUCGUGAUCAGUCCAAUGGAGGUAUCAUUCGUAAUGUUGUUCAAUGGAGUAUUCCAACAUUGUUAGAGGAACAAGAAGGUGCUACUCUCCUUGUUUCUGCAAAAUUUGAUGUUGUUUCAGUUCGCAACAUCUAUCUUCAGUUUGAAGAGAUAAGUGUUCAAAAUAUCAAAAUUAGUGAAGAGCUGCAAGCUCUAAUAGCACCAGCACUGCUACCACGCUCAUUCCUAAGUCUACAGAUCUUGCAGUUCAUCCGUACUAUCAAGGCACAAAUUCCUGUAAGAAACCCAGCAACUCCAGGGAGGUAUAACAUGCGUUCAUAUAUUUGUAUGUAUAAACAUUAUCAUGUUUCCAAUGUACACGCGGAUGGUAAAAAGUACUUAGAAUUUCAGGCGGUCUGUGGGAGGACUAUAUUACCUUUCCUAUCUGGAUGGCAAUAUGCUUCUAGGGCGUGCUGUUGGAGGUGGUGGAGUAUUUGUGUUCACUAAAUCUCAGCCUCUGGACUUGUGAUAAGCAUGAAAUAUUUUAUACGUACAAAACGGGUAAUGCCCAGCGUCUAGAAACCAAAAUAAUUGAUUUGAAAGUGGCAAGAACGAAAAGGAGGCGUUUGAACUCAAGCUAAAAAGCAUCAAGCAAGAAAAAGAAUGUCCAAAUACCUGUCAACAUCAAUACGUUUCUCCAGAACAACCAAUGCCAGCAUGAGGGUUUCUAAUCCUAGGAAGUUCCACAGAAGAAGAGGAAAUUACGGGUGGAAAAAUAACAAGAUCCUCUCACUAGCUCUAUUAUGUAUUACAACGUGGUUUUGUUUAAUGCCUUUAAGAUAUUCAUGUAUAUUUGUGGAGAAACCAUUGAGAGGUCGCUGAAUUGGGCGUGAAAUCCGCUAAGAUGGACGCAAUCAGAAUGGUAAAGGCAAAGGCAACAACCAUUGUGACGACUCGUCAAUUAAUGUUCAGGUCAUCUUAACAAUGUGUGCACAUGCUCCAUGCAAAGAAAUGAUAUGUAUAUAUCGAUAAAAUGAAGAUAAAGGGAGACGUUUUUUUUUAUC